AUGGCGGCGCAAGCGGCUGCAGAGCAUUCUGCCGAUGAUGCGCCCCUGGGCACACAGCCUGCAGACAAAGGUGCUCAGAAAUGUUGUAAAUGCUUCGGUGUGCGAGAGCGCCAUCGCCGGGUGGAGCAGUACGCUUCUGGCAACGGUGGGGCGGACAUGGUGCAGUUGGGGGUGGGGGACGUGGAGCUGAUACCUCAGACUUCCCCUUCCAUUGGGCCGAGAAGUCGUGACACUGUGCCUGCGCCUGUCAGCGUUUCCGUUGCCAUGGGCAGCGGUGCCUCGAAGGGAGCCAAAGCCAAAGCUGGCUUCGAGGCACCGCCAGGGGCCGCGGCGCUGCGUCGAAGGCGCCGGCUGCUGCUGGGCCUGGGCCCCGGCUUGGGCCCGGCCACAGCGGCCGCAGCCUCGGAUUCCGACGGCCGUGCCUUCGAGGAGGUGGCGCCCUGGGAGCAGUGGCAGGCUGAUCUUAGCGACCCGGUCUUUGACCGUGCUGGAGACGGUCAGGACCUUCGGCGGAGCCUAGGAGAUGUGAAAGAUGAAGGUGGCUACUUGAGGGAAAAUGCCAUGGAACUUUUGCAGCUGAACCUCCGCUUGCCAUCAAAGAUCUCGCGGCGGCUCUAUCACUUGGCCCGUGUGCAGCGAAACUUGGGCGAACCUCGAUCGAAGCCUCAGCUGACCUGCUUCGAGGUGCUGUGUUUGUCUUCCGCCCUGCGAUGGAGCUCCGAGACAGAGCUGCUAGAGCUCCUGUUCUGUUUCUUCGACGCCGACGGUGAUGAUCGGGUAGGCGAGGAGGACUUGGUCCGGAGCAUCGAUGCAUUCCUAUCCCUGGAGGAGUCGAGUGCGAGCUUCUCUGAUGUGGAGAAGAAGGAAUUUCGGAAGCUCGACGAGCGCCGCAAGUUUACAGAGAUCCGGCGGAUAGCCAAGCAAGCCUUGGGUGAAUUCGCCAAUCAAGAUUCGGAGGAGGAGGAGGAGGAGCUGGCGGAGCUGCCGGAGCUGGAAACACGGGCGAAAGAGGGAGAGAAGGACGAGCGCAAGGAUACCACGGAUGAGGCAGACAGGGAAGGUGCAGCUCAGAAGGAAGGCAGCGUCAGCGGCAGCGUUGAGCACGAAGCCAGUACUUCCAGCAAGCUCGCAGAAACUGGUACUGGCAAGUUGGAGAUGCCUCAGCCGAAGAAGGCGGCGAAGCGAGGAGGUUUGUGCGGCCGCCAACCGAAGGAGGAGAGGUCUUUCGGGUUUCAGGAAGAGGCGAAGCCAGGACCAGCAGACAAGGAAGGCGAUCCUCCCAAAGCGGAGACGAAAGCAAAGGCCAAAGCCAAGGCAAAAGCCAAGCCGAAGAAGAAGCCCGGCGGAGGCUUUUGCGGCUCUGUCAAGAGGCCAUCGACCUUCUCAUUUCGACAGUGGGCAAAGUGGAUUAUCACCACGGACGUGCUGCCGCCAGGCAUGCUUGAGGCUGCAAGGGAAGCCUCCAAGCCGAAGCCCGGAAAGCCCGGGAAGCCAGAAGUACCGGGGCCUGCAGAGUCGAGGCCGGCGCAGGCAAAGCCUCACAGCGACCCCAUGCAAUCCCAACCUUCACAGCCCUCCCUCGCCCUGGCUAUUCCGGUGCCGCCUGAGCCGAAAUCGCCCGCAAGAUCGGAUGACACGCCAGACGACUCGCCAGACGCGGACGAUGUCCCGACCAAAGGAUGGUCAAUGUUUCUUGUACCCUUCAGUGGUCCACAACACGUGGCACCCACGGCCGCAGAAGAAGACAUUGGUGCAAUGCCAUGUGCUCCGGGCCCCGGGGAGGCGGUGCCAGCGGACUGCCGGCCCGACCCAGCCAGGAGAUGCCAGAUUGGAGACUGGGAGGAGUGGCAGAUUUGCUCACACAGCUGUGGGACCGGCGAGCGAAAGCGAUCGCGGUCCAUCUUGAUUCCAGCAGCCGACGAUGGGCCACCGUGUGACGAUGAAACGGAGGAGGUGGAGCCCUGCAACACGCAGGCUUGCCAUAUGACAUGCAUUGACUGCCGUUGGAGCGAGUGGUCCAUGUGGAGCGACUGUUCGCACUGCGGGCACCAAAGGUAUCGACACCGCGGGGUCAUCAGGCAAGCGAACCAUUGCGGCCAGAAGUGUGAUGCCCAGGCUGCAAAAGAAGUGGGCUACUGCAAAAGUGCCUGCUUGGAGCAUUAUUGUACCUGGAGCACUUGGCAGGAAAUGGGAGGCUGUUCUGCGCAGUGCGGGCCGUCGACGAGGCUUCUGCAACGUCAUUUGGUCCUCACCACGACGGAACCCCGCUUCGAGGUUGAACGCAUCGGUGAUCGUGGAGGGCUCUGCCGAGACGCCCGAGGCGAGAGCUACAGCGGGUGCCCGGUUCAGGCGAUUUCUGAGGACGAGUGCCGAACUGUGCUCCACAAUUUGGAAAACGUGGAUGGAGUCCAGGGUGCCAUGUUCGACCAAAGCCGCGUCGUCAAGUUCGGAGCUCGCCGUUGCUUCGUCCUCGUGGAUCCGAACACCGAGAUCUGGAAGCAGGAUGUACCAGGCGGAUGGCUGGACACUCCCUGCAUCGCGGGCACAGGGCGAGGACCGAUUGCCAGCGCCGGCUCAGACGGAGCCGACAAGUGGAUGUGCCUUUCUUUGGAAAACCGGCCACUGGCAAAAGGCGACGAGUCCAUGCCCUGCUCCGGUGAGCAGUUCUACCAAUCGACGUGCGACAGCAGUACAAAGUGCCGAGUGGAGUGCUCUCCUGUGGACUGCGUUCUGACGGAUUGGAGUGCGUGGUCAGAGCCAACCUGCACAGAGCUUUGCGAGCGCACCCGGACUGUGGCAAGAUCAAACGAAUCAAGAAUCCAAGAAGUCGUUAGCUCCGAGAUCACUUGGGGGAAGGGCGGCCUUGGCAUGAACUGCUUCGAGCUGCGAUUUCAAGCUCAGACGGGGUCGAAUCGGCUUGCGAUUUCAGGCACGUCCUAA